AUGUUUCUUGUGGAUUGGUUCUACGAUAUUCUUGCAUCCUUGGGGCUAUGGCAUAAAGAUGCUAGGAUCUGUCUCUUAGGUCUUGAUAAUGCCGGAAAAACUACUUUGCUUUACAUGCUCAGAUUCGGGACCUUGAAGCAAAGCGUGCCCACUCAGCAACCAACCUCGAAUGAGUUUUCAAUAGGGAGUGUCAACUUCACUGCCUUUGAUUUGGGUGGGCAUCAGUCUGCUCGUAGACUCUGGAAGGACUACUAUACCAAGCUGGAUGCUGUAGUCUACAUAGUUGAUGCUUAUGACCGGGAAAGAUUUGCAGAGUCGAAAAGGGAGCUCGACUCUCUUCUCUCUGAAGAGUCUCUGGCAACAGUGCCGUUUCUUAUAUUGGGAAACAAGAUCGACAUACCUGAUGCUGUCUCAGAGGAGGAGCUGCGUUUUUACCUCGGCCUGACCAACUUCACAACCGGUAAGGGUAAGAUCAAGAUGAACCAUCCCAAUGUCCGCCCCAUCGAGGUUUUCAUGUGCAGCAUUGCUCGCAAGAUGGGUUAUGGCCAAGGAUUCGAAUGGCUUUCUCAGUAUAUCGAGUAG